UCUCUUAUUGAUUACUUGCCUGCUGUAUGGCUGGUGGCUUUUUCCUCGCCAUCGUCGCUAACAGUUUCGGUGACAUCAAACCUUUUACCUUACGAACCGUUUCGCCGCUUGCCGCGUCCUCCCCCUAUCAAAUUGCAUCGCUUCUCCUUUUUGUUUUACGGUCCAGUCAUCGCCUUCAUUGUUCUCUCGAUGUAUGGCCAUUUUCAUUCGGCUAAUCCAAAUCAGUGAACAGCCCCGCACAUCCACCUCUUCCAGUGGUUCAGAACAAGCGGAUUGCAGCUUGCCAGAGUCAACGUCCGAUUUGCGAUCUUGCCGCAUCUUAACUGCGGAUAGAUUGAACCACACACUAAACAUCUUCCGACUCAAUGGAAUUUGGGGGUUGGCUAACCUGUUGCACUCAGCCACGGCUAGUGCUUGUACUGAUGUCUUCGAUCGACUCGUAACCGAAAAGGCUUGGCUUGAAUUGGUCCGUCCCAUCCCCCUCAAUUGUAAUCUCAACCGGAUUUCAUCGUGGCCUAGGACAAUUGAUGCACAAUUUCAUCCAAUCCAAUCGGUCUGCAGCUCCCCUCACCAACCUUCCAAAUCUGCCCCGCCAUCUCCCGAGGAUCCGAAAAUUAAACGUGUUCCUUCUCCCAGAUCGUCGGAUCUUCCCUCUCUCCCGGAACCGGAAAGGUCAAACGCGCUGUCUGCGUCAAAUGAGGCGCCUCACCUCACCUCAUCUUCUCAAUGUGUCCCGGCUGUGCAUGAGGACUCGGACUGUCGUCAACGUCACACUCCACAACGAGGACACAUUGAGGACGACGACGAUACGCAUUCGAUUCAGACCACGAUGAUUUACUACACAUUGUCUUUGCUUCGUAACUUGCUACGUCACAGAAGAGUCAUUGACGCCAUUAUCAAGAACCAUUGGUGGAACAUCGCACAACUUCUCAUUUCUGUGCUAGAAGGUGGUUAUCCGCAACCAGUCAAGGAACAAGCUAUUCUUGUUCUUGCUCAUAUCGCGAAUGGUCAGUCCGCCUUGGAGCAACUGAGGCUUAAUCAAGAUAUGAUCGAGAAAUUAAAACUCUUCAUGCGUUCUCCGGAUAGCUACACAAAAGCGGCCGCUUUAAUCGCAACCUAUCACGUUCUGGGGCUUGGACGUGAGAAUAUGGAUUCGUCGUUACUUCUGGGUUCGCGACGAGAUCUAGGUGAGCCGUUUUUCAUCUCCUUCCAUCAUCGAAUGCGUCACCGUCACAAUUGCCAUCGAGAUCGGUACAAGCACAGAUAUGAGACAGCGCAUUCAAUUCCCGGGAGUUCGACCACCUCUGAUACUCACAGGAGGCAUUUACUCUCUUCCGUGACUCAAAGUUUGCUUGAGGAGGCUGGAGAACAUGAGGAGGAGGAUUACGAGGAAGAGAGAACUGAGGAAAAACAUGACUUUCCUAUUGAACACACUAGCAACGCGUCAGUAUCAGCUUAUGAACCGCUGCCACCAGAUAAUACCCGCUCGUCAAGGUCACAGGACUGCUUGGUCUCAUUCACCGAGCGGGAAGAGACCUCCGUUGUCCUUCCGAAUCCCACUGAUUCUUCACCUCCUCUGACCUUUCGUGAUCAAGAUCCGUCGCUGUCCGCAUCCCCAGUUUCUGAGGCUCCUGAGUCUAGACAUGCUCAGAUCGAGCAUCCAGCUUGCAUCCCGCUCCAACGGAGUGUGUCGCACUAUCGUACUUUAUCCACCGAAUCUUCUACAUCCAGUGAUUCGUCUGCAUCGUGUGGCGAACAGCUUAUGACCACAAGUAUAGAUUUGGCCGAUUUAGACCGGACCACAGCCCAGGAUCUGUUAGGUUCGUCACCUCCAACUGAUAGCGAAACGGAACUUAAAGCCUUGAGCCCAGCUGUUAACGAGGAGCUUGAGGGAAUCUCAGAACUUUCCCAAUGCUCCGGCACCCGCGCUCCCUUGGCUGCUCAAGAACGGAUGGAUGAAUUUGAAUCAUCAUUGGGCUCCACUGCUGUAUGCCAUCAGACUCAUUGCGAAAAUGAUCCGACCAAUGCUCGCAUCAACCACAUGGGUUCCGCAGCCGAAACUAGCCCAAACAUUUACACAAAAACUUCUUCCGAAACUCCAUCUUCUACUCAGGUCACAACGGAUACCAACUCCACUCAUACCAGGAGGUCCAGGCGGGAUUGGGAGAUAGGGUUUCACCAGGUCCUUUUCCCAUUCUUGCGCGAGCUCGAGUCCGACACCAUACUCCGAAGCACCUGGGAUUGGCUGAUGAUGCGUGCCUUCACGCGUGGCAAGCCGAUCCAGUUGCAUGACUUAUUUGUGGCUUGGCAACGGUUGUACGACACUAUACCCCCUGAUAGCUUUAACACUGCUGACUCGGAAUCCUUGUGUCUAGAUUCCUCACUGUUCACUGAUUGUCCUAGCAUCGAUGUGUUUCUGAGAAGAUUACGCGAGAACAUCGGCAUUUCCUCUUCCACUACUUCCCGCGCCACAACUGAGGGUAGCCACCCUCCACGACGGCGACAUCAUCAUCGGCAUAGACAUCGGUUGUCUGCUUACCCCCGGCACUCCCCUGUCCCCACGAACGAGAGCAACUCAACCGCUCGGGAUGACACCCCAUUACCCCCUCCUCUAUCUGAUUCAGAACCAAAUCAGGGACCUACGGGUUUGGAACAAUGUCCCUCGGGUGCUCUCAGUUAGUACGGUAUCUCAUGGAGCUCCCUCGUUUUUCUCAUUAUCUUUGACGACGACGGUACUUCUCGUACAUGAUGUUACUCUGUAUGCUCCUUAUGCCCCCUUUUUACACCUGCUUUCAUUAUGCCCUGUCGUUUACUCGCUUUUUCCUUCUUGAUAUUCUUCCUUACUUCGUUCUAAUUCCCACAAGAUUGUUUGCAGCUCAGUACUAUUUUUUUGUCCUUUGUGAUGCGGUCGACUUGUAGAAUUCUUCCAUUGUGGGUGUCCCCCACGUGCAGCGAAGAAGAUAUAGCAGUGC